AUGCAGUCGUGGGCAACCCUCGCCGCCGGCCUAGCGCUGCUAGCCAACGGUGUCGUCGCGCAAAACAUGUUGCGCUUCGCCUGCUCGCAGCUGGUCGUCGACCGCGUCGACCCCCUCGUCAAUCCGGGCCUCCGCUACACACCCCAUCUGCACCAGAUCGUCGGCGGUAACUCGUUCAACCUGACCAUGGAACCGGACUCGCACGACUUGGUCGGCCAGUCGACCUGCACGUCAUGCAGCUUCGCCCAGGAUCUGUCCAACUACUGGACGGCCGUCAUGUUCUUCAAGGCCAAGAACGGCAGCUACCACCGCGUGCCUCAGGUCGGCAACGGCGGUCCGCAGGGCGCACUCAUCAAUAAAGGCGGUCUUGAUGUGUAUUAUAUCCCUAGUGGAAAGGUUACUGCUUUCAAGCCGGGCUUCCGUAUGCUCGCCGGUAACGCAGCCAACACCGACCCCAAGAAGGUUUCCUCCGGCAACAUCUGCCACCGCUGCUGGACCUCGACAAACGAGGGUACCUUUGUCGGCGGUGCCCCUUGCACCGGUUCCGACACCGUCGAUAUUCCUCAAGAUACCAAGUGCAAGAUGAUCCGCCAGACCAUCAUUUUCCCGACCUGCUGGGACGGCAAGAACCUCGACUCCCCCGACCACAAGUCCCACGUCACCUACAGCGGAACCGGCGCCAGCGGCGGUGGUUCCUGCCCUUCCUCGCACCCCGUCAAGCUGCCGCAGGUCAUGUACGAGCUCAUGUGGAACGUGUCAAGCUUCGCCAACGAUAAGAGCAUCUGGCCUGAUUCAGGUCCUGCGCUUAUGUAUAGCAUGAACCUUGGUGGCGCCGCCGCUCACGGUGAUUACGUCUUCGGCUGGAAGGGCGAUUCCCUCCAAAAGGCCAUGGAUAAGGGCUGCAACCUCAACAAGGACUGCCCGGCUGCUGGCCUGACUGCGCAGACUCCGGCGCAGUAUAAUGCUUGCACUAUCAAGCAACAGGCUCCUGAGCCUGUUGAUGGAUGGCUCAAGGCGAUGCCAAUGGGUGAAAUGGCCAUCAAGGCCUAG